GAAGAGCAUAAAGAAGUUGGUUUUGAAGAACCUCAACUGUAGCAAUCUGUUCUCACCGGACAGUCGGGAUAACGAAGACCUGGCUUCUCCGUCGGAGUAUCCAGAGAAUGGAGAUCGGUUCUUCCUGUCGGUACCUCCUGAUGAAAACCACAGGCAAGACGGGGAGCGCGAGGAGGAGGAGGAUCAUCCUGAAGUGACUCGGUUUUACACCAACCCCAUCGCCAAGCCCAUCCCGCAGACCCCGGAGAACACCGUGCAGAAACACCAGAACAGCGUGGACGACACCAUUGUGGCUCUGAACAUGCGGGCGGCCUUGCGGAACGGUCUGGAAGGCAGCAGUGAGGACGCCUCGUUUCAUGACGAUUCCCUGCAGGAUGAGCGUGAGGAGGAGCCUGAAGUCGUGCAUCAUCUGCAUCCAUCAGGGAUCGUCCUGACGAGGGCUGGCUAUUACACCAUCCCGUCCAUGGAGGAGCUGGCUCGCAUCACCAAUGACAGGAACGAAUGCGUGGUCACAGACUUCACCAUAGGCCGCAAAGGUUAUGGAUCGAUUUACUUUGAAGGAGAAGUAAAUCUCACGAACUUGAAUCUGGAUGACGUCGUACACAUCCGCCGGAAAGAAGUGAUUGUUUACCCUGACGAUGAAAGAAAGCCGCCCGUCGGGGAAGGGUUGAACAGGUAACUUUGGGUUACCUUGGACGGGGUCUGGCCUACGGAUAAAACAUCUCGUUGCCUGAUAAAAAGCCCUGAGCGCCUGGCAGAGAUGAAUUACGAAGGCAGGCUGGAGGCUGUGUCUCGGAAGCAGGGCGCCCGAUUCAAGGAAUACCGCCCGGAGACCGGAUCCUGGGUGUUUAAGGUGGCCCACUUCUCCAAGUAUGGCUUUAAAGAGGAAGAGCAUCCUUCCAAAGUGGACGCCAAGAAGUUAAAAACUACGCCUGUGCCACCCCUGGGGCAUCUGCCGCCGCAGCAAAUGGCCCUGGACGGCAAACCAACGCCUCCAUCCCAGGUAGAAGGAGGGCAGUGA